AUGAAGAUCGACUGGGCCAACCUCGGAUCCAAACUGGGCCUCCGAGGCAGCACGGCCAACGCCCUCGCCAACUUCAAGAAGCGCAAUGACGAUGCGCGCCGCCGGGUGCAGCAGCUGCAAGACCAGCCUCAGAGCGUCGACUUCGCGCAGUACCGCAGCAUCCUCAAGAACCAGGACGUGAUUGCCGAUAUCGAGAAGCAAGUCAAUGCCUUCCAGCCGAAGAAAUACGACGUCAACCGCCAAAUCAAGGCGAUUGAGGCUUUUGAGGCACAGGCUGUGAGGAGCGCGGAGGAGACGAAGAGCAAGGUCGAUGCAGAGCUGAAGGAUCUGGAUGCGACGCUGAAGAACAUCGAGACUGCCCGGCCGUUCGAGGACCUCACUGUGGAUGAAGUGGUGGCUGCCAAACCAGACAUCGACGAGCGUGUCUCCCAGCUUGUGUCCAAGGGUCGCUGGCAGGUACCCGGCUACAAGGAGCGCUUCGGCGACCUUUCCGUGCUAUAG